UCCAGAGUGACUUACAGGAGGAGCAAGGGCACAUUGACAGAUAUUUCACCUAUUUAGCUCUGGGAUUUGAACCAGCAAUCUUUCAGUUACUGGCCCAAUGCUCUUAACCACUAGGCUAGGCUACCUAUCUGAUUAACUGAGAAGGGAAUAAAUUCAUACAGGGAGACAUUUUCAUUGGAGAAUCACUGAAUAAUAUGGAUAUACUCAAAGCCUUGCGUUACAACCUCUUGGUCAACCGUGUCAGACAGGCCUCACCCUCAUUCCAGCGGAUCAAUAGUAGGGAUGAAGAGAAUCAGGAAAAAGAUUUUGAGAUUGUCGAAGUGGACAGUCUUCAUACACAAAGACGGUGCCUUUCAGACAGGCAGGAUUUAGACUACCUCAGCUCGGAGGACCCAACGAAGCCUGAGCUCACAGACCAAAGCAGCCUCCUUCACAUUGGUCAGCUAUGUCAGCUAAAUGAGCAUCUUCCUGCCCGGCUAGAGCAGUGCCCCUGGUCUCUGGUUUACAGCACCCAGAGACACGGCACCAGCCUGGGCACUCUGUAUAAGAGCAUGGGGGGUAUGGACUGCAGCACCAGUACCCUCACUGUCAUCAGAGACAACUGUGGACAGGUGUUUGGUGCAUUUUGUCCUACUACUCUUCGAAUCAGUCUGUCAUACUAUGGAACAGGACACACAUUCCUCUUCUCCUUCUCUCCACAACUCCAGGUUUAUGAAUGGAAGUUUAGUAACUCCUUCUUUGUGAAGGGAAGUCCAGACUACCUGGCAUUUGGUGGAGGAGGGGGUCUCUUUGGCCUGUGGUUAGACGAUGGCCUGAUCCGUGGGCAGAGCCAGAGGUGUGACACAUUUGACAAUGACGUGUUGUCCUCCUCUGACGACUUCUUAAUCAACGACCUGGAGGUUUGGGCCAUCUCCUGAGACAAGGGACUGUAUGCUACUGCUUACUUAAAUGUUAUACAACAAUUGUGACAGUGGAUGGAAUUGAAAAAGACUGUACCUCUCAUCUGAGGAUCCAAAGCGUGGCUCCCUGUGCAAGGUGAUUCAACUCCAUCACCUCAAUAUUUUCCAUUACAAACAGAUAAGGCCCCUAACUCACCAGCUUCAGAAGCAUUGGGAAAACAGAAAUAGAUUACUACUGGCCUCUGGUGUUCAAUGAUUUAGACCGUGUGUAAUAAUCACUCCUCUCUGUUGGCCUUAUUUUCUGCUUGGUAUGUCUGUAUCAUUCUGUGGAGAUUUGGAUUACUUCAGAAAUAUUCUGCUGGGAGUUAAACAUUUAAAGGACAGUCAGAUUAGCACAGUUGACUGGUCAAUCUCAAUCAAUAACACAUGAGGGAAGUUGUCUUUAUUGGCAAAGUGCCCAGUGACCGUUGAUUUACAACUCUAGAGGGCGCCCUUGUCACAGAGCUCCUUUCUGUCUCGCUCUCUCGCUCUGUUUUGCUCUCGCUCUCGUUCUAUACAUUACCUUCAGAAAGUAUUUACACCCUUUGACUUUUUCCACAUUUUGUUGUGUUACAGCCUGAAUUUAAAACUGAUAAAAAAUAAAAUAAUUGUCACCGGCCUACAUAUAAUACCGCAUAAUGUCAAAGUGCAAUAAUGCUUUUUGAUUUCUUUUGACAAAUUACUUACAAAUGUAAAGCUGAAAUUUCUUGAGUCAAUAAGUAUUCAAGCAUUUUGUUAUGGCAAGCCUAAAUAAGUUCAAGAGUAGAAAUGUGCUUCAUAAGUCACAUAAUAAAUUGCAUGGAGUCUUUGGUUGCAAUAAUUGUUUAACAACAUUUUUGAAUGACUACCUCAUCUCUGUACCCCACCUAUACAAUUAUCUGUAAGGUCCCUCAAUCGAGCAGUGAAUUUCAAACAGAUUCAACCACAAAGACAAGGUAUUAGAUGUUUUUUUAAACAGACAUUGAAUAAUAUUUUGAGCACGUGUCAACUCGUUCCACUGAGAAUUGAGUGUCUGCGGGUUUUCGCUCCUCUCUUGUCUAGGUUUCAAUUUAAAACAAAAACCAGCAGACACUAGGCCCUCCAUGGAAUGAGUUUGACACCCCUACCUUUGAGCAUGGUGAAGUUAUUAAUUACAUUUUGAAUGGUCUAUCAAUACACCCAGUCACAAAGAUACAGCAGUCCUUCCUAACUCAGAUGCCGGAGAGGAAGGAAACCGGUCAGGGAUUUCACCAUGAGUCCAAUGGUGACUUUAAAACAGUUACAGAGUUGAAUGGCUGUGACAGGAGAAAAUGGAGGAUGGUUCAUCAACAUUGUACUCCACAAUACUAAACUAAUUGACAGAGUGAAAAGAAGGAAGCCUGUACAGAAAAAAAUAUUCCAAAACAUGUAUGUUUGCAACAAGGCACUAAAUUAAUACUGCAAAAAUUGUGGGAAAGCAUGUGGUGGUUAAUUUCUUUAUCAAAUGAGGAGACGAACUUAUCACACAAGUCAGUUAUACUGAAACUUCUAUAUAUAAUAUAUAUAAUAUAUAAUAAAGUUAUACUAAAUCUUUAUUAACUUAUUAAUAAGGGAGCAGGUCAAUACUAAACACAAAGUGAAUCGAUUGAGAGCUCUACGAUAAUGAUGGCUGGACGACGAAUCACCCUCAGAUGAUUUGUUGAGAGCCCUGAGACAAAUAUACAAAGGUCUUAUAGCCAAGAUAGAUCCCCUUCAGUCUACAUGACAAACAACUUAUGUAUGGAAUGGGUCACAGGGUUAAGAUUUGAAUGAAAGAUACUUAUAAUUCACAGCAGACAAUAUCUGCUGUAAAAACUGUUCUCAUUGUGUAUAAACCAGGUUCUGGUUGUUUGGGUUUUCUUCCGGUGAAGGAGAGGAUGACCGAAAUGCAGCGUGGUUAUCUUCAUACAUCUUUAAUAAAGACGAACAAUACUAGACGUAACGUGAAAAACCAAACCAGCCCUAUCUGGUGCAAACAAACACAGAGACAGGAACAAUCACCCACAAAACCCAACACAAAACAGGCUACCUAAAUAUGGCUCCCAAUCAGAGAUAAUGACUAACACCUGCCUCUGAUUGAGAACCAUAUCAGGCCCAAACACAGAAACAGACAAACAAGACAUCCAACAUAGAAUGCCCACUCAGAUCACACCCUGACCAAACAAAACAUAGAACAUACAAAGCAAACUAUGGUCAGGGUGUGACACUGGUCCUGGAGUCAUCUCUCUCUGAUACCUUAUAAAACAGAAACAUUAACUCAUGCUCUGGAAUGCGUAUUACCCAAAGACAUUGUAAAUCUCCUGUCAGUGUUAAAUCUCCCAGAGGCCCACUUUCAGUUCACACAGGCACAAUAUAGUUAUAAGAACUCUCUUCUGUUGCAUAAAACAAUAAUUUGAUGGAAUAAAAGUAUUAUAACAAUCUUGUAAUUGCUCUCACAAGCAAUUAACUUUUUGCCCUGAAUACAAGGUGUUAUGUUUGAAGAAAAUCCAAUGCAACACAAUGUACCAGUCUCUAUAUUUUCAAGCAUAGCAGUGGCUGCAUCAUGUUAUGGGUAUGAUUGUAAUCGUUGAGGACUGGGGAACUUUUCAUGAUAAAGAAACAGAAUGGAGCCAAGCACAGGCAAAAUCCUAGAGGAAAACCUGGUUCAGUCUGCUUUCCACCAGACACUGGGAGAUUAAUUCACCUUUUUCGCAGGACAAUAACCUAAAACACAAGGCCAAAUCUACACUGGAGUUGCUUACCAAGAAGUCAGUGAAUGUUCCUGAGUGACUGAAGCAGAUUUAAGUAAAAACUAUGGCAAGAUCUGAAAAUGGAUGUCUAGCAAUGAUCAACAACCAGGGCUUGAAGAAUUUGGAAAAGAAUAAUGGGCAAAUGUUGCACAAUCCAUGUGUGGAAAGCUCUCAGACUUACCUAGAGACUCACAGCUGUAAUUGCUGCCAAAGGUGGUUCUAACAUGUAUUGACUCAGGGGCUUGAAUACUUAUCUAAUUAAGACAUAUUUGUGUUUUAAUAUUUUAAAAAUGUUUUUUUAUAAAUGUUAAAAUUUGAAUUAAAUCCAUUUUAAUCCCACUUUGUAACAUAACAAAAUGUGGAAAAAGUCGAGGGGUGUGAAUACAUUCUGAAGGUACUAAACUCUGCAUUCUGAAAGUUUCCAGACCCUUUCACUUUUUCCACAUUUUGUUAAAUUACAGCAAUAGUUACAUUUGUUACAUUUUAUCUACACACAAUAUACCAUAACGACAAAGCAAAAAAUGGUUUUGAGAAUUCUUUGCAAAUGUAUUACAAAUAAAAAACAGAAAUACCUUAUUUGCAUAAGUAUUAAGACUCUUUGCUAUGAGACUCGAAAUUGAGCUCAGGUGCAAUCUGUUUCCAUUGAUCAUCCUUGAUGUUUCUACAACUUGAUUAGAGUCAACCUGUGGUAAACUUAACAUAAUUUGGAAAGGCACACACCGGUCUGUAUAAGGUCCAACAGUUGAUAGUGUACAAAAACCAAGCCCUGAGGUCGAAGGAAUUGUCCGUAGAGCUCCGAGACAGGAUUGUGUCGAGGCACAGAUCAGGGGAAGGGUACCAAAAAAUAUCUGCAGCAUUGAAGGUCCCCAAGAACACAAUGGCCUCCAUCAUUCUCAAUUGGAAGAAAAUUGGAACCACCAAGACUCUUCGUAGAGCUGUUCGCCUGGCCUAACUGAGCAAUCGGGGGAAAAGGGCCUUGGUCAGGGAGGUGACCAAGAACCUGAUGACAGAGCUCCAGAGUUCCUUGGUGGAGAUAGGAGAACCUUCCAUAGUGAAGUGGCCAGACGUAAGCCACUCCUCAAUAAAAGGCACAUGACAGCCCACUUAGAGUUUGCCAAAAGGCUACUAAAGGACUCAGACCAUGAGAAACAAGAUUCUCUGGUCUGAUGAAUCUAAGAUUUAACUUUUGGCCUGAAUACCAAGCAUCACGUCUGGAGGAAACCUGGUACCAUCAUGCAGUGGGGAUGUUUUUCAGUGGCAGAGACUAGUCAGGAUCAAGGGAAAGAUGAAUGGAGUCAGGAUCGAGGGAAAGAUGAAGGGAGCAAAGUACAGAAAGAUCCUUGAUGAAAACCUGCUCCAGAGCGCUCAGAAUCGCAGACUGGGGCGAACAUUCACCUUCCAACAGGACAACGACCCUAAGCACACAGCCAAGACAAUGCAGGAGUGGCUUUGGGACAAGUCUCUGAAUGUCCUUGAGUGGCUCAGCCAGAGCCCAGACUUUUACCUGAUCAAACAUCUCUGGAGAGACCUGAAAAUAGCUGUGCAGCAAUGCUCCCCAUCCAACCUGACAGAGCUUGAGAGGAUCUGCAGAGAAGAAUGGGAGAAACUCCCCAAAUACAGGUGUGCCAAACUUCUAGCGUCAUACCAAAGAAUACUGGAAUCUGUAAGUGCAAAGUACUGAGUAAUGGGUCUGAAUACUUAUGUAAAUGCUAUAUACACUGCUCAAAAAAAUAAAGGGAACACUUAAACAACACAAUGUAACUCCAAGUCAAUCACACUUCUGUGAAUCAAACUGUCCACUUAGGAAGCAACACUGAUUGACAAUAAAUUUCACAUGCUGUUGUGCAAAUGGAAUAGACAACAGGUUGAAAUUAUAGGCAAUUAGCAAGACACCCCCAAUAAAUGAGUGGUUCUCUGCAGGUGGUAACCACAGACCACUUCUCAGUUCCUAUGCUUCCUGGCUGAUGUUUUGGUCACUUUUGAAUGCUGGCGGUGCUUUCACUCUAGUGGUAGCAUGAGAUGGAGUCUACAAUCCACACAAGUUGCUCAGGUAGUGCAGCUCAUCCAGGAUGGCACAUCAAUGCGAGC